GCCGUGGAGACGGGGCGCGUCCAUGUGACGCGGGAGCGCCUGAGGCCUAGCUCCCCCUGAAGAGAAGCGGCAACGGAGAGCGGCCCGUGGCUGCUGGUAACAGUCUGAAGUGGAGCCAUGCCUCUGUUUGGGAAUGUGUUUAGUCCGAAGAAAACACCACCGAGGAAGUCAGCUUCUCUGUCCAGUUUACACACGCUGGAUCGUGUGGCCCGGGAAGUUGAACUGGGGCUGGAAUACGGCGCUCCUGCGAUGAAUAUUGGAGGGCAGAGCCUGAAGUUUGACAAUGGACAGUGGGUAUCAGAGUCUGCGCGUGACGGGGGGCCACACAAGGAGGUUCACCGCCUGAAGAAACGCAACCAGCAGCUGGAGGAGGAGAACAAUCUCCUGAGGCUGAAGAUUGACAUUCUGCUGGACAUGCUGUCUGAGACCACGGCGGAAUCCCACCUGAUGGAGAAGGAGCUGGAAGAGCUGAAAACUCACAACCGCAGGAGGAAAUGAGCGGGGCUGCCGUGUGGCUGCAGACCCGAUGACGGAAGCACUCUGCUUGGGGAGGGGGCGUGGGGAAGGGCAGCUGGUCAACAGUAGGAAUGGGUCGGCUUGCACGCGACAUCUCCUGGGUGUCCCCAUCACGACAUACCGUAUCUUCACUCAGCCUCACAAAGCAGCGGCACUGUGCAGCGGUCAAAUGGUUCACCCAGUGCGGCUUGGAGAACAUCGGCAACAUUCUGCCACCACCUUCCCUCGUUUAGUCAGAAACCUCCUACACAAUGAAUACUGGUACCACACAUAAUCCUACCUUCAAAAGGCCAGUCGGCCAAUUCCAUCAAAAAGGUUCUGAUCUAAUUAAAACAAACCCAGUCGCCUCAUACACAACCAUCUUGGCCAACGAGUAUUAAUUUUACACUCUGGGGUUUGUUUCGAAGGUUUUUCGUUGCUAUUUGCCGGAAGGAAGUAAUAGAUCUUUCCUUGAAUCUCUGUUGUAAAAGGUAUAAUGUGCGGACCCACUACUGUUUUUACCAACUGGUCUUCCUUUCCCCCUCAAGCAGUCCACGUCCAGUACAACACACAGUGGUUGUGCACAAGCCUUCAAUGGCCAGUCGGCCCCUCUUCAUUAAGAAGGUUCACCCACACUUUCUCCCUCUGAAAUGAAGAUAUAUCUUUUCUAUUUUUGUAUCUUAUUAAUUUCAUCCAAAUUCUGCAGCUGACUUUUGAGCUUUUGACCCAAGCCAAGCCCUUCCCUUCCGCUACACCUGCGGGGGUUUGUACUGAUGGGGUUGGCGGAUAAACCUCGUGAGGGUAAAUGGUGCCUUGACAAUGGGAAGAGAUGUUCCUUAAGCCCUGCUGUUGCUGUGUGGCAAAUGUUACAGCGUGUGUUUGUGUUCCUUCUCCUCUGCUUGGGGUUGAGACAUUACAAUCCCCUCUUUGCUUUCCCCACUGUCAUCAUUGAGAAACUUGCUGCUGAAUCGAGCAGUGCAGUUCUCUCCUGUUUACUUGCUUUUGUUGCCAUUUAUCGGUGUGGUCUGCAGAAUGAAUGACCAGUCAGGCUGAUUAUUGAGUUGCUACGGAUGGGGCAGUAUGUAUGUUUUUACAGCUUUUUGUUUCUGUGUGUCUGUAUUUAUUUGUUUUGAAUUAAAAUGCUGCAGUUUUAAUGCCCCGUG